AUGUUCAACAGCAACAAUAGAUCGACACCUCUGAAACGCAAAAAAUUAACUUUGAAGCCGAACGAAUUAAAAGAUGAAGAAUUUAUGUCUCCUUUGAAGAGAAGAGCUAAAAUGUCAACAAACACUUGUGAGGAAUUCUUCCAUCAAACUGGUCCCACAACAACAAGUUCUACAAAUAAAUUUUUAUUUCAACGCCCUCCAAUUGAUGAAUCCUUCAUUUCUCCAUUGAAACAACAAUGGAAAGGAUUCUUGUCUUCUCCUUCAAAUUCUUCAACUGAUGUCAACAAAAAUUGUUUAAAAACACCUUCACCUGCUCGAAUGAUGAGGCAAUCUGUUAUUUGUAAAAAUAUUGGGAAUCUGUUGCUGAUGACUCCAGAAAAAGAAUAUGAUGAGGAGGAAGAAGAAUUUGAUGAAGACAACGAAAAUGAAGAAGGAGACGAUGAUGAGGAAAGGGAAGAAAAAUUGAAAGAAGAGAACAGCCAUCUAAAAACAACUUCAAAUACAAUAAAAAAAUAUCCAACAAAGAGAAGAACAGCCACCAAAAAACAAAAUGGAGGUAAUUUUGUCAAAUUAAAUAUGCGUCAUCGUCGAUUCGCUCCAAGUAGUAAGUUUCAAAUUAAAAAGAAAUGGAGAAGAAAAUUUAAGAAUUAG